UCGUCCAGCCCAUCAGUGUAUUCGCGUACGCCAUGAAGACUAUCCACGGUCCUGCGAUCGAGCCGAUCGAGUCGGAGAGUUCGAUUGUCAUUUCGGGCAUAGCGGGCAAAUAUCCCCGUUCGGACAAUGUGCAAGAGUUUGCCGACAAUCUGUACAGCAAGAUUGAUCUUGUCGAUGAGAAGGAGGAUCGCUGGCGCCAUACCCAUCCGGACAUACCGAAGCGGCUGGGUAAGCUGAACACUCUCGCCAAGUUCGAUGCGGACUUCUUCGGCUACAGCCCAAAGGAGGCGCACACGAUGGAUCCUCAACAUCGGAUACUGCUAGAGCACUGUUACGAGGCCGUACUGGACGCGGGACUGCAUCUGGAUGAUUUGCGUGGCUCCAGAACGGGUGUGUUUAUUGGGUUCUCCAUGUCCGAGACGGAGACCUACUGGACGUACAAGAAAACGCGUAUGCCCUACAAAAAAGUAAUGCUGGGCUUCACGCGGAGUAUGCUGGCGCUAAAGAUAGCGUACGCGUUGGAUCUGAAGGGACCAGCAGUGACGGUGGAUACGGCAUGCAGUAGCUCGAUGUACGCUCUCGAUUGGGCCUGUAAGGCGAUCCGUCAGGGCCAGUGUGAGGCUGCUUUUGUUGCCGGUACUAACCUCACACUUCAUCCCUACAUCACGCUUCAGUUUGCGCUGCUCGGAGUGCUUGCUGCGGACGGAUACUGUCGUCCGUUCGAUAAGCAAGCCUCGGGAUACUCCCGAUCCGAGGCUAACGCCGUGAUUCUGCUCCAAAAGGCGAAGGAUUCCAAGCGUAUCUACGCGCACGUCGUGAACACCAAAACGAACUGCGAUGGAUACAAGCUCGAGGGCAUUACCUUCCCGUCGAACAAGAUACAGAAGCAGCUGCUGGACGAACUCUACGCCGAAGUUCCCUACGAGCCUAAGGACGUGAGCUAUGUGGAAGCGCACAGUACCGGCACGGUAGUAGGUGAUCCGGAAGAGUGUGACGCCAUAGAGAAGGUGUUCUGUCCCGACCGGAAUGGUCCACUCCUUGUCGGUUCGGUCAAAUCGAACAUUGGACAUUCGGAGCCGGCGGCAGGAAUCUGCUCCAUCACCAAGUGCAUAAUCGCGAUCCAAACUAACCUUAUUCCGCCGAACAUCCACUACACGGAACCGCGCAAAGAUGUACCGUCGCUGCUGAACGGUCACCUCAAAGUGGUCGACGUAGCGACACCACUCGAUGGACCAUUGGUUGCGGUGAAUUCUUUCGGCUUUGGUGGCGCCAAUGCACACGCCCUACUGCAUGCUCACACUCGGAAGAAGGUGUCCAACGGUCGCCCGUCGGAUGAUCUUCCACGGCUAGUGGUUUGGAGUGGACGAACGAUCGAAGCGGUCGAUCAUUUGCUGGAAGGAGUCGCCAAACACAACUUUGACCCCGAACUGUACGCACUGACGCACAACAUUCAGCGAAAGGAGCUCACCAAAAUGAACAACCGUGGAUACGCAAUACUUGCGCGCCGUGAAGAUGGUACGGCAGUUGUCAUGCAGAAGAGUGUGGCCAAAGCCCGAAAGGCGUUACCCAAGUUUGCCAUCGUCUUCGCACAGAUGGAUUACGAUUGGCAAACGACGCUGCGUGCGUUUGAGAAGUUCCCACCGUUUAAAUCGUCGGUGGAACAGUGCUUAGGUCUGUUGAAGGCUCCCGAGUAUGAGUGUAUCUUCAGCAAGGAUCAGCACGCAACCAUUCUGCAGCGAGCCGUUUGGACGUUGAUCAUACAGAUCAGUGUGUACCACACACUGAAGGCGAUCGGGCUUCAGGUGGACCAGUAUGGUGGAUACUCGAUCGGACAGAUUACAUGCGCGUACAUUGACGGUGUACUGUCCCUUUCGGAUGCGAUACGGGUGGCAUUCACCCAUGGAGUUCUGCUUGGUUCGUACCACAACCCGGAGACGUUCAACUAUCGUGACAUUAUCACGGACAAGGACUUGAAUGCGAAGCUGGCGUCGGUGUUGCAAUCUUUCCUGUUUGCGACCCCCACCAAGAAGUGGAAGACUGCUACAUCGGUGCUGUCUUUCCGUAUCUACGAUCCAAAAUCUUCCGCACAGAUAUUCAACAGGAUCGAUAGUGAUGCCGUAGUGCUGCAACCACUUCCUUCGAUUCAAUCCACCGAUAACAUUGUGAAAAGCUUCCUCGCUACCAUAGGGCGGGCUUUCGUCGAGGGACAACACUGCCGGCUGCUCGAUCUUUAUCCCGAGGUAAAGUUCCCGGUCUCACUGGAGACUCCCAUGAUCGGGCCCCUCAUCCAGUGGGAUCACUCCAUCGACUGGCACGUGGCCAACUUCCAGACCAAAAAGAUGGUGGAUCAAGGCUCCAACCAAUACACGGUCACACUCGCCGAGCAGGAGUACAUUGCCGGACAUUGCAUCGAUGGCAGGGUGCUGAUACCGGCCACGGAAUAUCUUUAUCUGGUGUGGGAUUCUUUCACCAGCAAAACGGGAACCAUCCCCAACGAAGUGGCCGUUGAGUUUACGGAGGUAGAGUUUCUACGCGCCACUACCAUUACGAGCGGUCAAACGGUAACACUGUUUGUCGAGAUUAACGACAUCAGUGGUCACUUUGAGGUGACCGAAGGUUCGACGCUGGUCGUGAAGGGAUAUAUUCAACGUCUCAACAACUUCAAGCUGCACUCCAUUCAACAACGAAACACUCAAGCCGUUACACUUCCAACGAAGGACUUCUACAAGGAACUGCGGCUCCGGGGCUACCACUAUGGAGGAUUCUUCAAGUCCGUGUUGGAGGCAGCUGCUGAUGGUUCGUGCGCAAACAUCGAAUGGAAGGGCAACUGGACCGCGCUGUUGGAUUGUAUGCUUCAGAUCGCUAUCAUUGCGGUGGAUUCUCGAUCGCUCGUGAUUCCUACCCGCAUUGAGUCGAUCAAGAUCGAUCCCAUACAGCAGAAAUCGUCGCUGCAAGCCAGCGAUGAGAACGUUCCCUUCUACAGCGUGUGUUUCGAUCGCGAUCUUAACCUGCUGCAGAGCAGUGGUAUUGAGAUUCGUGGACUUAAUGCGAGCACUAUCGCCCGCCGACUGCCACCGGGUGUUCCUGUGCUGGAGAGUUACAAGUUUUAUCCCUAUUGCUCACGGCAAACGAUUCAACCUGCCCAAGCUGCUUCUAUUAUUCUUCAAACCAUUCUUGACAAUCAGACAACAUUGGUUUGUGCUGUUACGGAGAUUCACUCGAAAACGAAGGACCCAAUCAUCACCCUUUUUGGUGAUGCGAUCGGCGAUUUGCCGUUGGUGAAAGCUCAUCUCACGCUGCUCUCCAGCGCGAAGCCUGAGCCCAUUCCGAACGUCACCAUCUCGGAGGAAAAGCUCAUGAAGCAACGCAACGUUCUGCUGCUCAUCUGCGAGAACCUCUUCAACGACGAUGAGUUCAUCUCGGAUGCUAUCAACUCGCUUUCCGACCAAGGCUUCAUACUGCUCCGUGAGUCUGAAGGAUAUCAGCUCCAGGAUAGCCAUCGACGACUCCAGCUUGUCAGUACCAUCCCGAUCGAAGGUGAGACAUUCCUGCUUCUUCAACAAAAGAAGUCCGCAAUGAACACCUCCGUCGAUGCUCACGUCAUCAAGAUAUCUUCCAACGAUACUGCCCUGAACUGGCUGCUCGAGUUGAAGCAAGAGGUGAAAACUAAACCUAUCAUCCUCGUCGCCCAGAAUGAUCCUUCUUCGGGUAUCAUCGGACUUGUGAACUGUAUCCGCAAGGAGCCCAACAUUCAAACCGUUUCCUGCUUCUUCAUCGACGAUCCCAACGCACCUGCGUUCGAUCCUUCCAACCCAUUCUACAAGGACCAGAUCGAGCUCGGGCUGGCGAUCAACGUCUAUCGCAAUGGACAAUGGGGAUGCUAUCGCCAUUUUAAGCUGCAGGAGGAGCCUCGAUACGAAUCGAUCACUAACCACUGUUUCGCCAAUUGUGUCAAGCCUGGAGAUCUAUCUUCAUUCACAUGGAUGGUUGGUCCGCUGAGUGAGCAACCACCGACAGGUCCUUUGGUCAAAGUCGUAUACAGCUCGUUGAACUUUAAGGAUGUUAUGCUGGCCACUGGACGCCUCACCGUGGAAACGUCCUUUACUAGUCGCUUGCAACAGGAGUGCGUUUUAGGCUUCGAAUACUCUGGUGUUACGGCCUCAGGUAAGCGUGUGAUGGGAAUGAUACCCGCUGGAUCUAUGGCAACGAUGGUUGAAGCUGAUCCGUUCUUCACUCUGGACGUUCCUGAUGGGUGUACCUUGGAGCAGGCGGCUUCCAUUCCUACUGUGUACGCCACUGUUUACGCUGCCUUCUUCAUUUGCUCUCACAUUCGCAAAGGAAACUCCAUUCUCAUUCACGCUGGGACGGGAGGCAUCGGUCUGGCCGCUAUUCGAGUGUGUCUAGCCUACGGACUCGAAGUCUUUACCACCGUCAGCACCAAGGAGAAGCGUGAGUUCCUGCUCAGUUACUUCCCCGAUCUAAACCCCAACAACAUCGGUAACUCCAGAGACACCUCCUUCGAAACACUCAUCAAGGAGCGUACCGAUGGCCGAGGUGUUGACUUCGUUCUCAACUCUCUGUCCGAGGAAAAGCUUCAGGCUUCCAUCCGUUGUUUGGUUAGGGGAGGACACUUCCUGGAAAUUGGAAAGUACGACAUGAUGAAGGACUCCAAGCUGGCGAUGGCUCUCUUCCAGAAGGGUAUCACCUUUACCGCCGUGCUCGUCGAUUUAUUGUUCAAGGAAAAGCGAGACCUCAUGCAGGUUUUGCACAAGCUCAUUGUGGAGGACAUCUCCAAGGGCAUCAUUCAACCGUUGCCUACGACCGUCUUCCAGGCGCAUGAGAUCGAGCAAGCGUUCCGAUACCUUGCUACGGCUAAACACAUCGGAAAGGUUGUGCUCAAGAUUCGGGACAACGAGGACGAUCUCGCAUCCGUCCCGAUAUCCUAUCUUCCGCGAGUUUACUGUAACCCCGAGCAGAGCUUCGUCAUCGCUGGUGGUCUUGGUGGAUUCGGACUCGAGCUGGCCGAUUGGCUCAUCAUUCGUGGAUGCCGUAAGCUGGUGCUCAGCUCCAGCAGAGGCAUCACUAAGCCUUAUCAACAGUACCGCAUCAACACAUGGCAUACAUACGGAGUUCAAGUACUUAUCUCCACGGAAGACAUUUCCACCGAGAACGGAUGUCGCCGACUGCUCCAACAAGCCAUCCAGAUGGGCCCCGUCGCCGGUAUCUUCAAUCUCGCCGUGCAGCUCCGGGACGCCAUCAUCGAAAACCAAUCGGUGGAUAAGUUUGCCGAGUGUUUGGCUCCUAAGGCCACCGCUACACAUCACCUCGAUCUCAUCAGUCGUGAGCUGUGUCCCAUGCUGAAGCACUUCGUCGUUUUCUCCAGUGUUUCGUGCGGACGUGGAAACGCCGGCCAGUCGAACUACGGUAUGGCGAACUCCAUCAUGGAACGCAUCAUCGAGCAUCGUGUCGCUCAGGGCCUACCUGGAAAAGCCAUCCAGUGGGGAGCCAUCGGUGAGGUCGGUAUCGUUGCCGACAUGCAGGAGGAUAAGAUCGACAUGGAGAUCGGUGGUACAUUGCAGCAACGUCUCUCUUCCUGCAUCCAAGUACUCGAUCAACUGCUCACCACCGCUGAGCCUGUUGUGGCCAGUAUGGUUGUGGCCGAGAAGCGUAGCUCGAGCGGUGGAGCCAAGAACAUCGUUGAGGCUGUCAUGAACAUCAUGAACAUUCGCGACAUGAAGUCCGUCUCGGUCGAGAGUACUCUCGCUGACAUCGGUAUGGACUCGCUGAUGGCCGUCGAAAUCCGACAGGUUCUGGAGCGUGACUUUGAUAUCAUUCUGACGCCUCAGGAUCUUCGUACACUCACGUUCUCCAAGCUCCAGAAGCUGGCCGAUGCCAAGGCCGAGAAUGAAGCUGUCGAAGCCGCUACUCAACAGCUUCAGCUGGAGGAUUUGUUGGCGAGCUUCGGUGAUGAAGCCGCCAGUCAUCACACUGUCCUCCGGCUACCCUCCAAGUGUAACGACCUCGAGUACGAUCGACCUGUGCUGAUCAUUCCGGGAAUUGAAAGCGUUUGCAGUCCAGCCUGGACGAAGAUCGCUUCCGAGAUCAAUGCUCCAACGUUCAUGCUACAGACGUUUGCCCGCGCUACCGACGAGCAGACCAUCACCGGAAUCGUUGACACCGUGUUCGACGAGAUGUUCGAGACUGUCUUCGCCAAGGUGGAACAGUUCCUGGUCAUUGGCUACUCCUUCGGGUCGUUGUUGGCGCUGGAGAUCGUGAAGCGCCUGGAAGCACGAUCACUUCAAGGAAAGCUGAUGCUAAUCGAUGGCUCCCCGUUGUAUCUGCAGCGCUUCGCUAGUAACCAUCUGUCGGGCUUUGACGAUGAGCAUCUGCAAAUGGCAAUCCUGACACUCGUACUAUCCAUUGUCCUUCCUACAGCUACACAGGACAUUAUUAAACCCAUCAUGGAUCGAUCGACGUACCUCGAGCGGGUAGAUACGCUAAUGGAGGUUGCCCGUGAUUCAAAUCCCUUCUCGGAAGAGUACGCUCGUAAAAUGAUGCGCGUUUUGUUCUACCGACUAAAGGCGGCAAUGAACAUGAGUACGGAAGCGAAAGAAAAAAUCGUAUCACCGCUCGUACUCGUACGAUCAGCGAAAAUCGGUGACGUCGAGGAAGAUUACGGCUUGAGCGAGUUUACUGUCGCGUCGCUGAUCGUGAAGAUUAUCGACGGAACGCAUCAGACCAUGCUGGAGAACCCAGAACUCAUCGAGAUCAUCAACAAGGACACGCUUUAGGAGUUAUAGGGUGCGAGGAACGUUUUUUCUUCUGAUUUACUUUACAUUGUUUUAUGCGCAAAUUUAUAGGAAAUGUUUGUAGGAAAAUGUUUGUUAUCAGGCCAUACAAAGGAUGUGGAAAAGUGAUUCUAAUAAUAAAAAACCAAUCACACAUAGUGCAA